CCUGAGGGACGUGUGUUCUUUGACAUGUUUGAUAUUCCUAUUUUAAAGUAAAUGAAAUGGUUUCGUUGCUGUUUCGUGUUAUCUAUGGUUCAUUUUAGCGUUUGUGUUCACAUAAGACUAACAUUGUGUAGGCUAUUUGAGUGAAGGCUGUUUCUCCGACUCUCAGGAUCCGUUCAGCUGAUUGAUUAGUUUGUCAUUUCCACACAGAGUAGUGUUGGGAGUUCUCACUCUUCUGUCUGUUCAGCUUAAUCAUGGAUGACGACACACAAACACCCCGAGAUCAAGAUUUUUCUCCAGAAUGCAGUUCAGUUGAUCAGAAGAGAUCAGAAGCAGAGUCCAGCUGUGUGUUUAUGAAGAGUGACGAGUCUGUAGGUCAUCCACAACAUUUCAGUUCAGUUCAUCAGAAGAAAUCAGAAGCAGAGCCACGCUGUGUGUCUAUGAGGAGUGACCGUUCUAUGCAUCAUCCAAUUCAUUUUAAGAGUGAUGACACAAGUUCAGUGCACCAGAAGACAUCAGAGCCAGAGCCCAGCUGUGUGUCUAUGAGGAGUGACCGUUCUAUGCCUCAUCCAAUUCAUUUUAAGAGUGAUGACACAAGGUCAGUCCAGCAACACAGAUCAGUAACAAAACCCAUCUGUAAGAAAUAUGACCAGUCUAUGAAUCAACCACAAGACAGCACGUGUCCUGGUGUAAGGCAUGAAGUCCUCAACCCAUUUAGAUCAAAUCUGCUGAAGAAGUUUGGUCGUCUGUAUGAGGGAACAGUGACGCAGGGAAACCCAACACUGCUGAAUGAGAUCUACACAGAGCUCUACAUCACAGAGAGUGAGAGUGGAGAGAUCAGUAAUGAGCAUGAGGUGAGACAGAUUGAGACACAAUCCAGGAGAGCAGCAACAGAGGACACAGCCAUCAAAUGCAAUGACAUCUUUAGUCCUUUACCUGGACAAGACAAAGCCAUCAGAACUGUGCUGACAAAGGGAGUCGCUGGCAUUGGAAAAACAGUCUCUGUGCAGAAGUUCAUCCUGGACUGGGCCGAAGGGAAAGAGAAUCAGGACGUCCAGCUCAUAUUUCCACUGCCUUUCAGAGAAAUCAACCUGAUGAAGGACAAAACACUCAGCCUUUCAGAUCUUCUUCAUGUCUUUUUCCCUGAAACUAAAGAAAUGGAAAUAUCCAGUGAUGAAUAUAAAGUGUUGUUCAUCUUUGAUGGUCUGGAUGAGUGUCGUCUGUCUCUGGAUUUUCAGAGUGAUGUGAGGUUGUGUGAUGUAAGUGAAUCAGCCUCAGUGGACGUGCUGCUGAUGAACCUGAUUGUGGGGAAUCUGCUUCCCUCUGCUCUCAUCUGGAUCACCUCCAGACCAGCAGCAGCUGAUCUCGUCCCCUCUGAGUGUGUCCAUCGAGUGACGGAGGUACGAGGCUUCAAUGAGCCACAGAAGCAGGAAUACUUCAGGAAGAGAAUCAGUGAUCAGAGUCUGGCCGAAACAAUCAUCUCACACCUGAAGUCAUCAAGGAGCCUCUACGUCAUGUGCCACAUCCCAGUGUUCUGCUGGAUCUCAGCCGCUGUUCUGGAGAAGAUGUUGAGUCCAGCAGAGAGUGGAGAGAUUCCCAAGACUCUCACUCAAAUGUACACACGCUUCCUGAUCCUUCAGACCAACAUCAAACGUGAGAAGGACUAUGAGAAGAAGGUGACAGAUGAAGACAUGAUCCUCAAACUGGGGAAAGUGGCUUUUCAGCAGCUUGUGAAAGGAAACCUGAUCUUCUAUGAGGAAGACCUGAGAGAGUGUGGCAUUGAUGUGACAGAAGCAUCAGUGUACUCAGGAUUGUGCACUCAGAUCUUCAGAGAGGAGUUGGGCUUGUAUCAGGGGAAAGUCUUCUGCUUUGUUCAUCUGAGCAUUCAGGAACAUCUAGCAGCUCUAUAUGUGCACCUCUCCUGGACAAACCACAACAGAAAUGUGAUCGACCAAAUCACCAAACAGAGUUUACAGUCUAAAGGGAAGAACUUGUUUCAGCUCAAUUCAUCAGAACAUGUUUCAUUAUCUGAGCUGCAUCAGAGAGCUGUGAAAGAGGCUCUACGGAGUAAAAAUGGACAUCUGGAUCUUUUCCUGCGGUUCCUUCUGGGUUUGUCAGUGGAGUCUCAUCAGAUUCUCCUACAACGAAUAAUAACACUGAAAAGAAGCAGAUAUGAAAGAAAUGAGAAAACAGUUGAGUACAUCAAGAAGAAGAUCAGGACCAUUGACUCUCCAGAGAAAUCCAUCAAUCUGUUCCACUGUCUGAAUGAACUGGGUGAUCGUUCACUAGUGGAGCAAAUACAACAGUAUCUGACAUCUGGAAGAAUAAAGGAAACCAAACUCUCAUCAUCUCAGUGGUCAGCUGUAGCUUUUGUGUUGUUGACAUCAGAAGAGGAACUGAAUGAGUUUCGUCUUGAGAAGUUUGUUAAAGGAAAGAAUAAGCCUGAAAAUCAGAAAGUUCUUCAGAAGCUGCUGCCUGUGAUUAAAGAAUCCAGAUCAGUUCAGUUGAGUAAGUGUGACGUCACAGAUGAAGGUUGUGCUGCUCUGGCUUCAGCUCUGAGAUCAAACCCCUCACACCUGACAGAACUGGAUCUGUCUGAGAAUAAUCUAGGAGUUUCAGUGAAGCUGCUCUCUGAUGUACUACAGGAUCCUCACUGUAAACUGGAGAAACUGGGGUUGAGUGAUUGUGGCGUCACAGAUGAAGGUUGUGCUGCUCUGGCUUCAGCUCUGAGAUCAAACCCCUCACACCUGAGAGAACUGGAUCUGUCUGAGAAUAAACUAAGAUAUUCAGUGAAGCUGCUUUCUGAUGCACUACAGAAUCCUCACUGUAAACUGGAGAAACUGAGGUUGAGAUAUUGUGGCGUCACAGAUGAAGGUUGUGCUGCUCUGGCUUCAGCUCUGAGAUCAAACCCCUCACACCUGAGAGAACUGGAUCUGUCUGAGAAUAAACUAGGAGAUUCUGGUGUGACACUUUUCUGUGCUGGACUGGAGGAUCCUCGCUGUAAACUGGAGACACUGAGGUUGAGUAAGUGUGACGUCACAGAUGAAGGUUGUGCUGCUCUGGCUUCAGCUCUGAGAUCAAACCCCUCACACCUGAGAGAACUGGAUCUGUCUGAGAAUAAACUAAGAGAUUCAGUGAAGCUGCUUUCUGAUGCACUACAGAAUCCUCACUGUAAACUGGAGAAACUGAGGUUGAGAGAUUGUGGCGUCACAGAUGAAGGUUGUGCUGCUCUGGCUUCAGCUCUGAGAUCAAACCCCUCACACCUGAGAAAACUGAGUCUUUCUAAGAAUAAACUAGGAGAUUCUGGUGUGACACUUUUCUGUGCUGGACUGGAGGAUCCUCGCUGUAAACUGGAGACACUGAGGUUGAGGGAUUGUGGCGUCACAGAUGAAGGUUGUGCUGCUCUGGCUUCAGCUCUGAGAUCAAACCCCUCACACCUGAGACACCUGGAUCUGUCUGAGAAUAAAGUAGGAAAAUCAGGAGUGAAGUUGUUCUCUGAUCUGAAGGACGAUCUGCAUUAUAAACUGGAGACAUUAGAGUAUUGACUCUCAGUAUUUAGACGUCAGUCUAGUUUCCUCAGGAUCAGCUGAUGGUGAACAAGGAGCCGCUACAGAGACGUCACAGUCACACAAUCAACAGAGACUGAAGACUGAAGGGAGCGAAUUUAUUUCCUUAUAAAAUUAAUUCUGAGGCCAAAACUCAGGAACUCUACCAAAGACAGAUGCCAUGCAAUAAAGCCAUGAAACUAACCUGGAGAAGAGAUCUCCAAAGACAACAAAAGAUCUCCAAAGAGAACAAACAGCACACUGACCAAACUUAUCUCCUUGAUCAUUUACGACCCCAUUCUCCCCCUGCUCUCUCUCUUUUCCCCCAAAAAAGCUUCACUCAAAGUUUAUUGAGAAUAGCUAUAUACCUAUCAUAUAUCUUGUGAACCCGUUGUUUUUCACCUUCAUGUUUGGUAUCAUUUUAAAAAAUUUGUGCGAUUGGUAAAAUGGUCUCAAUUUCACAGUAGUCACUUAUAUUAUGAGAAAUAUUGAAAACCUGAGUGAAUUCUGUACUUCUGAUGUGGGCGGUCUCCUUUCAAAAUCUGAUAAACAUUGCUCUACAGGUGUGACCAUUUGGGGCGCGAGAACAGCUCCUACUGAGGUUUCUCAUCCCCCAUACACAGAUCUAAUCUGUUUUGGGGCAGAGAAUACAUGUUCAUGGGCCUUUUGUUCUGGUAGUAUUUAAGGGUAAGUUGCAAAUCAGUCAUUGCGAUUCUGCAGCCAGAUCAGCCCGUAGUGUGGAGUGUGUUUCAAAUGCUCCAUUCUAUGUAUUUUCUUGAAGUCAGGUAUACAUUUUCACUCUUAGAUUCAUCUUUGAACAACUGAUGUUAUGCAUUUUCUUAUUUUUGAAUUGGUUUCUUAUUGUUUUAUGUAAUUGGCACGACACAUUUACCUGACUAAUAAUAAAUUGUUAUAUUUUA